AUGAUUACACACCAACAAACAAUACGAGAAUAUUCAUCCAAUGGUCACAAGAGAUCAUCUCUGAUUGGCAAUCAAAAUGAACCUGUUCUCAACGGACCUUUCUGUAAUGACACGAUUUUCGAAAUUCUUCACUUUUUGGAUUCUAAAUUCAUCCUCGGAGUGAGUUUGAAAAUUUCAAAACAAUGGAGACGAGUAUCCUUUCAAAUUCCAUUGAGUUUGCUGUUCCGUAACGACCUUCGUUCCCAUCAAGUCGUUCCAAAAUUGAUCGAAUUCAUGUCACAAAAUGAAAAUAAUUUUCAAAAUUUAACUUCUUUUCAUUGGAUGGACAACAACAAGAUCUUGGACGAGCAAGUUGUGAAAUCGUUGGUUCAAAGUGCAUGUUUGAAAAAUUUAACGAAUUUGACAUUGAGUGGUCGUAUGGGCUCUGAAGGUGUCCAUUCCAUUGCCAAGAGUGAACAUUUGCAAAAGAUCAUGUUUUUGAAUUUGAGUGACAACCGAAUGGGUGAUUUAGGUGCUCUUUACAUUGCGAACAGUGAACAUUUGAAUCAUUUAACUUGUUUGAAUUUGGAAGAAAAUAAUAUUGAACGUGAAGGACUUGAAACUAUUGUGAAUAGUGAACAUUUGAACACGUUAGCAAUGUUGAAAUUAAGAUUCAAUGUGAUUGGUCCAGAAGAUACCAAAAUCAUCGCCAAUAAGAAUUUGACAUUAUUGGAUUUAAGCUUCAACAAGAUUGGCCCUCUCGGUGUGGAAUCUCUUGCUAGGAGCAGCAAUAUGAAACAUUUGACGUCCUUGAGCUUGAGCUCGUGUUUCAUUGGUCGUGAAGGUGCCAAAUAUAUUGCCACAAGUGAAUAUUUAAAGAAUUUAAUUUCGUUGAAUUUGAAUGGUAACCAUAUAGGUUCAGAAGGCAUUCGAUACCUCUCGUUGAGUGAAAAUUCGAAACAAUUAACACACUUAGACUUAUCUUUCAAUUACCUUGGAGAGUUGGGUGCUUUUCAUAUGGCUUCGAGUUGCAAUUGGAAAAAUUUAACAUCACUCGAUUUGACAGGUAACGCGCUUUCAAAUGUAUUUCCAAUAGUGAAAAAUUGA